AUGGCAGAUAAGAAAAGAGGGCCCAAUUGGAGUUGUGAGGAGAAAGAGGUACUUGUUGAGGAAUUUUUAAAGCAGAAACACAUACUCAGGGGACGAUUCUCUACUAAGAUCACAGCACAAGCCAAAAAAGAUGCAUGGACCAAAGUAAUGAAUGGUGUAAACCAGACAAAUCCUGAUAUGAAGAGAGACAUCGAAAGUGUCAAAAAGAAGUGGGACAACCUCCUUUCAGGUGCAAAAAAGGACAUCAUCGAUUACAAAAAGGAACUGAGGAAAACCGGAGGUGGUCCACCACCACGUGAACUGCCUGCUCUCACAAAAAAAAAAUAUGGGAGGUUUUCGGAGAAGACUCACCAUCGUUGGGAGGACAAGAAUUUGGUAUCGAGUCUGGAUUAG